AUGGAAAAAUGGAAAAUGCCGGGUGGUCCCAUAAUUGAUAUCUUAAACUUUAUCGAGAGGUUAAAGGGGAAAGAACAAGUUUUCCUUCCUUUCACCGCCAUAAUCAAAGAAAUGCAUCAACGGUUGACACAGUUGACAGAAGAAAAAGUCGAAGUUGUUUCACUUAGAAAGUUUCCUUAA